AGGGGCCCGCAGAUCCACCCGCCGCGCCCCGCCCUCGUGGGGCCUCCAGUCUGCGAGCUGGGCGUGCCCGGGCAGGCUGGGCGCGGGCGCGGGCGCGGGCGCGGCGGGAGCGGGCGGCCGGGCCGGUUGGGCGGGUGCGGAGGGCGCGCGGGGCCCGGGCCGGGUCCGCGGGCCCGGGCCGGGUCCGAGUGUCCGGCGGGGACCAUGGAGGGGCUGCGGCGGGGCCUGUCGCGCUGGAAGCGCUACCACAUCCAGGUGCACCUAGCGGACGAGGCGCUGCUGCUGCCGCUCACGGUGCGGCCGCGGGACACGCUCAGCGACCUGCGCGCCCAGCUCGUGGGCCAGGGCGUGAGCUCCUGGAAGCGCACCUUCUACUACAACGCGCGGCGGCUGGACGACCACCAGACAGUGCGCGACGUGCGCCUGCAGGACGGCUCGGUGCUGCUGCUCGUCAGCGACCCCAGGUGGCCGGGGGAGGGGACUGGGGGGCGACCUGGGUCGGGGGCCCUGUCUGGGGUCCCCGGUGAGGGGUAAUCUGUGUUGGAGGAUGCGGAGCCAUGACCGAGGGGACCAGAGGUGCUGGCUGAAGAAGCAGGCUGGGGGUGGUGGGGGACAUCUCCCGGGAGCCUUGACCUCACUCUGGGUUCUGGGCUUCCAGCAUAGAUGGUGAAACACUGGCCUGCCCAGCUGCUGCCCACUGCCUGGGACAUUCCUGAUGGAGCCCCAGUCCCUGACACUGACCUAGGAUGUUGCUACUCCGGGCCAGCCAGCCUUCCAGCUGUGCUGUGUGAUCCUGAGGAGGUGGCUCCCACCUUGGGGCUUCAAGUGCCCAGUCUGCAGUAGGAACCACGUGCCAUCUUGGGAGGCAGCUGGAGGAGGUCACAUGAAGAAAAGCACAGAGGGGAGAGGAGCUUGGGGGGGCAUCACCCCCACCUGCCUGGUACAUUCUCUCUGCCACGCCUCUACCCAAGCUGUGCCCCCAGCCUGAAGCACCUUUCACACCCCUCUCUGCAGCUCCAGUCCACCCAGCAUUCCAGCCUCCUCUAGGAAGUCUUCUCAGAUUCCCUCCUCCCCAGCCAGUGAGCACCUUGUCCUCUUUUGGGCCCCCUCAAGCCUCCUCUACUGUGAACAGCUUUGGCUGGGGGCAGGGGGUGUGUGGCCAGACACUCAUGACAUCUCAAAUGACUAAAGGUGGAGACUGGGGGGCCCCAGCCCUCUCCCAAUGCUCCAGUGUCACACUGCGCCCCUCCCCCAAACCCAAACCCCUCCCCACGUUGCACCCGUGUCCACCCCCGUGGCGGUGUCCUUCCUGUUCAAUCCCACUGCUUUGCCCCCUGCACGGGGUCUCCUGGUUGUGUCUGAAGGGCUCUGGUUAAGUGGGCAGGGAUUUGGUGGGGGGCGGUGGCUGUGCCUGGCAGAGCACUGAGACAUUGACGGUCAUCAUGGGGGUACUCCGGGCUAUUCCAGGCAGUGUGUUGUAGGGAUUCUGGGUAUAAGACCCUCUGAGUAGGGAAUUCCAUGGCGGUCCAGAGGUUAGGACCCUGCACUUCCACUGCUGGGGUUCGAUCCCUGGGGAACUAAGAUUCCGCGUGGCGCAGCCAAAAAAAAAAAAGUAGAACGUUGGGACUCAGUUGGAUCUCUGAUCUGCGGCCGUGAGGCGUCGGGUCCACCGUGCAGACCCCCUCGGGUUGGGGGGAUGCUGGCAUGCGGGCCCUCGAGGGCCGCGUUCACGCUCUGGGUGCUGGCAUCACAGGGCAGAGGCUCGGGAGCCUGGGAAGACAUAAUGUUUUAGUUAAGAGUCGUGUUGGCCGCAGGGCCCAGAGCAGGGACAGGUGGAUAAUAAAUCGUGGCCGUGGGGAGAGUAGUGCUCAGAUGUGCGUUUGUCCAUCAGGGGAUGGGGACGGCCCCAGGCCUACGGGGCUUUUCUCACGUCCCCCUCCGGGGCUGGCAUCACUCCUCCUGGGGCCAGGCAGCCCACGCCCCUGCUCCUGCCUGGUUUUGGUCUCGGUGGGUCACGCACACACUGGGGGACCUGCCCCCAGGGCCCAGCAGGAAAGUGGGGCUUUUAAUAGCCACCCCAGCUCCAUUCCUCAGCUCCCACUACAUGCCAGGGUUUGUGCCACAUCCUUGUCUGGCCUCCACUUACUCUAGUCUGUGAAGUGUGAGGCUCAGUGGUGGUGGUGAUGAUUAUGGCCCAUUUUACAGAUGGGGCAUCCAAGGUCACCCUGCCCCCUCUAGUCUGCUGCCCUGGCAACCCUUGAACUGAGGGGUCCCCAGCCCAUGAGCAGGUCCCUGAUAGAGGAAGGGGGAGGGUUUCCCACAUCUUGGCUGAGGUGAGGGUGGGAGAAAGCAUUUUCAGGCCUUUUUGACAUUUAACAAACAGUAUGCAAAUCACAUGCAAAUCGCAUGCAAAUCAUCACCCAUUUCUUAAGCCUCAACAGCUUUGGUGUGUUCUGAAAUAAUAAUGUUGGACUUGUCCCUUGGUAUUGGCUUGGAGGAGGGGUGCAAAGUUUUUCCCUUCCUCCCUUCCUUCCCCUUCCCUUCUGUUUUCUUUCCUUCCUCCCUCCCUUUCUUCCCUCCUCCCUUCCUUUCUUCCUGUUAUCUCUUUGCUCCCUUCACAUUGUUUUUUGGAGGCUUCCCAGUUCUAAGAUGAAUACAAACAGCAAAAGUGGCUUCCAGCAUUCCCAUUUUCCACAUGGGGAAACUGAGGCACUGAGAGGCACAAGCCUGGACUGAGAUACCAGAGACACAUUGUGGAAGGCAUCCGCCACCAAGUGUCAUCAUGGACCAAAGUGGACAGUACCUGUGACCCAAGGAGGAGAGAUGACAGUGGCUGGACCAGGCCUAACAGGGCUUGGAGGAGCCAAGGGGAAGAGUCCUUGGGUUUCUUGGCCUAGAAUGGCAGGCUGCCAUGCUUGGAUCUGGAGAAAUCUGACACUGAGUGAUCUUACUCCUCAAGUCCUUCUUUGUCUUGCUACUCCAUCAUCAUGUUCUUUGAAUUUGGGCCACAGCCUCUGCUCAGUUUGCAUGCCCUACCUUUUCUGUUUGCAAACUCCUAUUCAUCCUUCCAAGCCCCAGCUCCAGUGCCCCCUUCUUCAAUGCAGACAUUUCUGAUCCUCCAGAAGAGCUUCCACUUCCCUCUGGGCUUCUGUUACCCCAGAUCUCUCUCUCUCUCUCUCUCUCUCUCUGGUCCAACCCUGACCCUUUUGGAGACAGCAGCAUUACUGGCCAAUCUGGCUUGUUUCCAGCACUUGUCUGAUUAUCACACACCUCCAGACUUUUGUAUUCUCUGCGCAGAAUGUCCUUUUGGGUCUUUUUCACCUGGAAUAGUCCUACAUUUUCAAGGUCCUGGCACUAAUACCCCACCUCCAUGUGGGCUCGACAGCUCUCUCCCAGUCGGCCUCUGGGUCCUGCAGCCUCCAUCCCUUCAUCCCUGACCCACAGAAUGGGGAGGUCUGUGUGUCCUCCCAGUCUUAGGAGUUGCCUCUGGGGCUCCAGGAUCACCUAGGCUGGGAUUGCAGGGUGAUCCUGUAGUACAGUACAAAUUCAGUACAGAGGGACUGAAUUUGAGUAGGUACGGAAUAAAAGACUAAGUGUUUGGAAACAACGCCAAGUUCAAACUCUCUCACUUAGCCUUGGGCUUCACUCUCCAUUGACAGUUCAGUCCUAAGCAUAUCCUUCGCCCUUCCCUCUCGUUCACCUCCAGAACUCUGCACAAGCCAUUCCCUCUGCCAGGAAUGCUUUUCCCUUGACUCCUAUUCUGGGUGACCCCAAGCCAGGCCCCUCCCAUCUCUGCGCUGUGAAAAUGGGGGAAGUCCGGUCCCCCCAGGGCCUCUCAGGCUCCUGGCUCCACCCCAGAGCAAGUCCGGGCUGCAAGGAGUUUCGGGUGAGACCUGGCAGCCACCAUCUCUCCCUGGGGCCCGUGGCGUCCCAGGGAGGGGCCACCUCCUGCCUUGGCUGCCCACUCACUUUGUGCUCCCAGAAGUUCGAGGGGAAUUUUCCUGGGUGGUAAGUAAAUCCAGGUGCUUCCCAGAGGAGGCAUCUGUGGCUCAGCCAGAAACUGCCGGCACCUGGACUUUCUGCUUUAGUUCAGUUGUGCCCCCCUCUCUCUCUCUCUUUCUCUUUCUCUCUCUGUGUGACUCCAGGCCAGAUUCUGGCAUUCUCUAGCUCCGCCCAUUCGUUCAACGGGCAUUUAUCGAGUGAGCUCUGUGUGCCCGGCCCUGGGCUGGCUGCUGGAGAUACCAAGACAGACUUUGCUUCGGCUGCUGUAGACAGUGGGGCAGGUUGUUCACUGCACAAAAACAUCCAGCUGGGCCUCAGGAAGGGAAAUCUUUGCAUAAUUCACACAGAGUCUCCUAUACAGGUUAGUGGUGGUCCUGACCUGACCCUGAUGCCUCCCCCACCCCCCGUGUCUCCAUCUGUCUCUGUGUCUCAUUCAAUCUCUUCUCUAUGUAUCUGCCCCCAUUUGUCACUCUUUCUCUGUGUCUCUUGAUCUCUGCUCUCCACUCUCUCUAUCUGAGCCUCUCUGUCUGUCUCCAUCUCUGUCUCUGUCUCCUUCCAUGUCUCUGGCCGUUUAUUUCUGUCUCUCUCUCUCCAUACCCCUGUAUCUGUCUCUCAUAUCCCCUCUCAAAAGGGACAUCCUUUCCCCCUGAUGCUCUGAGCAUGACCUCUGGGUGUUUUCAAAAGUUGCUGGGAGGGCUUCCCUGGUGGCGCAGUGGUUGAGAGUCCGCCUGCCGAUGCAGGGGACGCGGGUUCGUGCCCCGGUCCGGGAAGAUCCCACGGGCCGCGGAGCAGCUGGGCCUGUGAGCCAUGGCUGCUGAGCCUGCGCGUCCGGAGCCUGUGCUUUGCAACGGGAGAGGCCACAAGAGUGAGAGGCCCGUGUACCGCAAAAAAAAAAAAAAAAAAAAAAAGUUGCUGGGUCCAUGCAUUCUGUAAUCACUGAUGAAGCACCUCCAAUUUUCAGGGCACUGAGGACAGCGUGGUGACUAGGACACCCAGCUGUUGGCCCUCAUGGGGCUUGAGGUCCAGCAGAAGAGACAGAAGCUGCAGGGUGGGGGGCUGCUCCUAGGAUCCUGGAAACCCCUCCUCUGGGCUCGGCCCACACUCUUCUGAAUGACCUCGGGUGGUCCUUGUCCCUCUCUGGGCCUCAGUUUCCCCACCUACCCAAGGAGGGAGGUGUUUAAGGUGGCUGGGCCAGAAGCUGCUUGCAAGGCCUAGGCAGUUUGUUGGCAGAGAAAUCCUGGCUUAUCCCCACACCCAAAUGGGUUUGAAAGAAUCCUCCGAGGGGAAAACAGUUGUAAGAAAAAAGAAAACAAAAAAUCAGAGUCGGGCUUCCCUGGUGGCGCAGUGGUUAAGAAUCCGCCUGCCAAUUCAGGGCACACGGGUUCGAGCCCUGGUCCGGGAAGAUCCCACAUGCUGCGGAGCAACUAAGCCCGUGCGCCACAACUACUGAGCCUGCACUCUGGAGCCCGCGUGCCACAACUACUGAAGCCUGCGCACCUAGAGCCCAUGCUCCGCAACAAGAGAAGACACCGCAAUGAGAAGCCCACACACCGCAACGAAGAGUAGCCCCCGCUCACCGCAAUUAGAGAAAGCCCACGUGCAGCAACGAAGAUCCAAUGCAGCCAAAAAAAAAAAAAAAUUGGAGUCGCCUGCCCAGGCUGCUGUCUGACUUACCUUGGGUGGAAGCAGCCUCACUGCCAUCCCCCAGGUCAUCAGAGAAACUUCCUGCCUCUUCCCCUGAUGGCCCCUGGCUAUCCACUGAAGGCUGCUGGCCUCACCAUGAUGGCUCUAGGCCUGGCACUGACUUCACACUUGUGCUCUGAGCUCCAGACCCACUUAACCCCUUGCCGGGCCCCAAGUGGGAGAAACUCUUUCCAGCCAUAGGGCCUUUGCAUGUGCUGUGUCUACAUUUGGAGGACCCUCUCCCCACCCCUUAUCUUUCAUCCUCUGAUUUGCAGGUUCAAUGUCACUUCCUUGGGGAGGCUCUAAACAACCACGUUCCCUCUGUCUUUUUUUUUUUUUCGUUCCCUCCGUCUUGCAUUCACACAGUAUCCUGUUCUAUUCCUUUGUAGCAUUAAUUAUUUAUAUUAUUAUUCAUUCAAUGUAUUAUUUUCCCCACUAGCCUCUGGGCACCGUGAAGGCUGGGGUGAGGUCUGGUCUGAUCACUGAUGGAUCGCACAGUAUUUAAUAACUCAGAGUAAGGGAGUGGGAGCCAGGGAUUCCCUCCCUUCCCAGACUCCCUCAGGGUCCCCCGCCCCAGUUUCUGUCACCACUGUGUCCAGCUCCAGGUGGCCACGGGGCACAGAGCCUCGGAAUUGGGAUUCCAGGCACUCUGGCUCCUGCCGCUUUGAUAAAUGGGGGAAAUUCAGAAUUAAUUAUUGACUGCUGCGCCGAGCUGGCCUGAUCUGGACAGAUAAAGAGUGUCCUCACUGCCACGUCUGCCCAGCACUUCUCAGGAGUUUAUUAGAGGUUGGGAGGCAGCUGGCUGAGGGGAGAAGCCCAGAAGGCACUGGAGCCAGAUGGAGCUGAGUUCAAAGCCUGGCUCUGCUGGGCCACUUUGGAAGGCCACAGCCUUCCAUGGAUCUCAUUGCCCGCGGGGGCAGGACGCGCAGGACCUUGUGGUCGGAGGGGAGGACUUGGGCUUUUACCGCGAGGGAGGUGGGAGCCCUGAAGGGCUGUGGGCAGAGGAGGGGCGGGGCCUGACUCAGACGCUCACGGGCGCUCUCUGGUGGCCGCUUCUUGGAGGGCAGGCUGUGGGGGGUGAGUUUGGGAGCCAGGGGACCAAGGGUAGAGGCAACUGCGCUGGUCCAGGUGAGUGAUGAUGGCGGAAGAGAGUUCCAGGCAGAGGGAACAUCCAGUGCAAAGGCCCUGAGGCAGGGUCGUGCCUGGCGUGUUGGAGGAACAGUGAGGAGGCCCAUGUGUCUGGAGCAGAGUGAGGGGGUGGGGAGAGGGAGGAGGGGAGGGCAGGGAGGGGAUAGGGGCAGGUCGUGCAGGACCUUGUGGGGAGGACAUGGGCUUUUCCUCCUAGACGGAUGGAAUGUGGUGGGUUUUUGCAAGAGCGAAAGCUCUGAGCGGAAGGCUGGUCGCACGGUCUCUGGAUCCCAGACAGGCGAUGACCCCACCCAGGAGUCAAGGAUUUGAGUCAUGCCUCCGCCUACCCUUAGCUGAGUGAACUGAGGCUAAUGACUUGCCCUUCUGGGCCUCAGUUUCUCAUCUGUAAAAUCGGUGCAAUAGUAGACCACUCUCUCACAGUGGUGAGCCUCACAUGAGCUCAGGAUGGGUAGGAGCUGCUGGCUCCAUGCAACAGUCACGAUUGGGAUUAGGGUGAGGAGAGCAAGGCACUGGCCUUCGCACAAAAAUUAGGGGGCUUGGAGGAAGGUGGUCAGAAGAUACAAACUUCCGGUUAUAAGAAAAAUAAGUACCAGGGAUGUAAUGUACAUGAUGACUGCAGCUAACACUGCUGUAGAAUAUAUAGGAAAGCUGUUAAGAGAGUAAAAGCUAGAACUUCCCUAGCAGUCUAGUGGUUAAGACUCCGUGCUUCCACUGAGGGGGCCCGGGUUCGAUUCCUGGUCAGGGAACUAAGAUCCCACAAGCUGUGCAACACGGUUGGAAAAAAAAAAGAGAGAGAGAGUAAAUCCUAGAAGAGUUCUCAUCACAAGGAGAAAAAAUGUUUCCCCUUUAUUCUUUUCUUUUUAUUGUAUCUAUACGAGAAGAUGGAUGUGAGCUGAACCUAUUGCAAUAAUCCUUUUACAGUAUGUGUAAAUCAAACCAUCAUGGCCUUAAAUUUA